GACUAAUUUGUAUUAUCUAAAUUUCCUAAUGUGGUAUAAAUUAAUUCAGUACAGGAAAAUUUUAGAGUAUGAGGUCCUAAAAUAAAUCACUGUGUUACCUGUGACCUGAUUUUGUCACUCAUUUCUUUUGGUCUGGUAUGUCCAGAAUUAGUCCAAAUCUCAACAUGAAUUUUCACUUUCUGUUUAAACCCUAAGCAAACAAUAAAGAUUAAAUUGGAUGCUCCUGAAAUACAUUCCUUUUUGUGCCCUCACCAUGAAAUAGCCAGGCCGUAUGAUGUUGCCCCUUCCACCAUGGUUAUAGUUUCUGGACUUUUUAUGUCUUCUGCAAUCUGUUUUUGUCAAUCCAUUCGAAGGUCGAACAAAGCGGGUGUUUCCAAGGAUCCAGUCUAUAACUGUUCUGCCAUUUUCUUCAUUUUGAAAUGUAAGCAAUUAUAUUUGAUAAGAAAAAAAAUAAUGAUGCUGUUUUACUACCAUAUUACAUGUUCAUGCACUUAUUAAAUAAAACAAUUUGGUAUGAAGCAUCUCUUGGAACAAGGGGAACAUGAAUUGUAAAUUUCAGGACUCUUGCACCCCUGGGGCCUUAAGGGUGGGAAAAAAUAUGCCAUAAAUUUAACAAUUUUCAAAAAUCUUCUCUACAACCGCACAUGUGUAAGAAAAACUAAAUGCAUAGUGAUGUAGAGCAGGAAGGCCGCAACCAAAUUGUAAAGUUAAUGAUCCCCGGGGUAGAAGUUCUGAUUCCAGAGUGGGGCCAAACUUGGUAUAUGUAGUGCAUAUCUGUAAAACAUUUAAAUAAAGUCUUUUUUAAUGCUAUUGAUACUAAAUUGAAGUUAAAUAGAUAUUUAAAAGGAGUAGGUAGUCCUUUACCAAAAUUGUAAAUUUCAUGGCCAUAGGGUUUGGUUUCCAGGGUGGAGGAAAAAUUAUUAAAUAAUGAUCAUUGGGACAAUAUCAUUUGAAAGACUUCUUUAAGUUUGCUGAUACAGUUUAAAACUAAAUGCAUAUUUAGGAAAAGAAGAAAAGGAUGCACCAAAAUUGAGAAUUUCACAACCCCAGGGUUUUGACUUUAAGAUGGGUCCUAAUUAGUCAUAUUGUGUUAAUUUGUAAACAUAUAUUGUGUAAAGCCUUUCAUCAGUAUAGGCACUUUUGAGGGCAUUUAAGUAUUAAGAACACAUAUUGUUUGAUACUGUUGUUGAAUAUUAGAAUUUAGAUUAUUCAGAACAGGAAUUUUUUUUAAGAUUUCGUAGCCCUUGGGACUAUUGAUACUUUAAUACUCAGGUGACCGAUAAGGACCGAUAAGGACUGUGAGCCUCUUGUUUAAGAACACAUCUUGUUAUAAUGCUUCUGAAUAUUAAAAUGUAGCUUAGAUAUGCAGAUAUAACUGGAAAAUCAUUAUAAAUUUCAUAGCUCUUGGGGCUAGUGAUACUUUUAACUAAUACUUAAGUGACCGUUAAAGCCUGUGGACCUCUUGUUUAUUAAAUUUUCUGUUUUGAUGAACAAUAUGGUGACUGUUUUUAAAAAUAAAAUAAUUUGUCCAUAACUUUUAAAAUGCUAUGUGUAACCUUAUGUAUUAUCUUUAUUAUUUGAUGAACAGUAUUUUUAGUAGGUAAAUGUAUGGCACAUGCAAACAUUUGUUAAUAAUUCAGUAAAGAUGGAACUUAAUUAGUGUGUGUAUGUGAAGUAUAGUUGCUGAAUAAAUAUUUGCACCCUCAUUAAAUUUGUAUCAAUAUAGGUAGGAAGAAACUGCCUUUCCCUGGACAUUUCCUUUGAUCUAUCUGUUGGUCAGGUGUGAUGUUCACAGUCCAGUAGUGUUCUUCAUUAAUGUCCUGAAGUGACAGACCUUUGUGAAGACAUAUGACCCCACCUUACCCAGCAGUAGGUUUGGAGGCGGUCCCUUAGAGAGGGAAAGCUGUGUCAGGGAGAGGACUAAAUCAGUGAUAGCUGUUUUAAGGUUGUGAGGUGGAAUAUAUUUACAAGUGAUCUGUACAGAAUUGCUUGCACAUGGUGGACACUGUUUUGAUGACAUGGUUGCAGAGAGAGCUUGGUAGUCAAGUAAAUGCAGUGAUGUAUGAUUCUGUGUAGUCAUCGAACAAAGGAGAAACUUGGUCAUGGAUGCUAAAGAAACCAAAGAGAGGAUGCUGUUCAUCCACGAGUCACCAUCAGGAGAACAGAUGUCCAGUAGCAUGGAGAAGCGGACUUUUCAGUCAGACAACAUGACUUCUACAUCUGAGGUCCGUGCCACCACCAAUGGGGUGCCAGUGUGGGGAUUACCCCAGGGAAUCCCCCCACCCCCUCCUCCUCGUCAGUACCACUCACAUGCAACGGCCAAUUACAAUACAGGGAGUGUAGAAAGUCAAACCUCCAGGAACUUUUCUACUUCUAGCAUGCAGCAGAGCAGCAGUUCCCAGCAGAAGUCCCUCAGACGACACCAGUCAGACAGCAGCACCUUUGUCAAUGGAGAUAAUUACAACACUACAGGAAGAGAGGUAGCGACCGCCCAGAUCAGGGGAGGGCAGACUACGGGGAUGUCAGGAAACGGUUACCACAGAGAACGAGUACAGCAGGUGGUGACAAUCAAUGAAGGGGACAAGUGUACCUGUUGUCCGUACGGUUACCACGUUGACUUGGAUUUUGUGAACUACUGUGAAAGUUUGGCGGACGGAUCAUAUUUGACAAAACUGAAAAGGAUUCAGAGAGAGAAACGGAAGUUAAGGAAGUCCAUGGAAUUCUUCCUCCAACAACAGGAGAACCAGGAACAGUCAAGUCCACCUCCAGAUUUGGUGCAAAAUGUGAAUGUGCAGGCUACAGCUUUCCUGAAAAACAUUGAGUACAAAGAUUCAGCCACUAACAAAGUCCUAGAAGAAAUUGACUCCUCCGUGGACCAGACUCUACAUUCCAUAGAUUCUAUGAUUUACACAACAAAAGCACAUUCCCAGUUAGUUAGUUCAGAUGAUGAUACCAGUCCAUCAAGCAAUCAAAACUUCAACACAUUUCCAAUGUCCAAGAGCUACAAGGGUCAGAAUAUAGAAGAUGAGGUGACUACCCAGAAUUUCUCCCUCAGAGAAAUGGGUAGGUCUGAUUCUAAGGAAUCAUUAUCUUCCAUAUCUACCAUGGCAAGUGAUGUCUAUAACUUGGUGCCUGUAAAAGUAAGUGGCUUUGCACAAAUGAGUGGAAGCAAUUCUUCUGACAAUUUUUCCAAGGUCACUCACAUAACAACAGAGGAACUGGAGUAUACAAUGGCCACUCACCUUCCAUCAGAAGAAUCCACCACAACCAACAUCAGCAAAUCCUCCAUGGAAACGGUUCGUAAAACCAUGGAAAGCAGCCUACAAAGGAUAAAGGAGUUAGAAGAACAGGUGAAAGCCAUACCAGUGCUACAAGUCAGAAUAUCUGUGCUGAAGGAAGAAAAGAGGCUGCUUAUGCUACAACAGAAAGCUAGAAAUCAAAAGCUGAAUACCAGAACAGUAGGAGUUGGGGAUCACCUUGUCAUUCCUCCACCAACCCCAAAAUCACCACCCCCAACUCUCCCGAAACCCAAAGUCAAGAGUGUAGGGGUGGGUGAUCACAAUGUCAUUGAAGUGUACCUCCUGCAGCCAGAUCUGUCCCCAACAUGUACAAUACAUGAUAAUGAGAAAUUUUUCAGUGAGACAACUGUUAUAGAGCGGGAUCACUACCAGGGGGCGUUUGCUCCUUUUACUAAAAAGCCACCCAAACCUCCAACAAGAACAGUGGGCAUUGGAGAUGGUAAUGUGUUUGAUGAUGGCUUGAGAAUCCAUGAAAAAGAACUGAGAACAGUCAUAAUUGGAAAAGAAAAUGUAGGCAAGAGGAAUGUUGGCGUGGAUUGUCGAGUAGCCACCAGAGAUGUAGGAAUGACUUUUUCAUUGGACGAUGAAAAACCAGCAACAAGAUCUGUGGGGGUCAAUGUGGACUCUGAAGCAUGGCUUACCACUUUGAAUAUCAAGGCAUCAGAGGUUCGGAAAGCCAUGCAGGAAGCUCUACACAGGAGUGUCAGAACUGUUGGAGUGACCUGUGAUUUCAGACCCGAGACAGUGAGCACAGGAGUGCAGUACAUGUACCAGAAUUUUAGGUCAAUAGGUGUGGGAGAAGACUCGGUAGAGAAACCACAGAUUCCAAAACGGAGUAUUGGAAUCGAUGCCCAACCUCUGAUGACUACCAAGGGAGUAAAUACAGACUACGGAUGGAAAGUUGAUUCUUCAACCAACACUGUCAAGCACUUCACCGAGAAUAAAGCAAUUCAGUCUGAUAAAACUCAACAAGGAACAAAGAGCACAAUGACUGAAGGCACAAGGACUUACCAUGAUACCACACAGACUGAACAUCGAAUUUUCCAAGCCCUGGACAUAGUCAGAAGCACAGGGUGUAACACAGAAGAGAAGAAAAAGAAAGCUGUGUCCUGUAAUACAGACAUUAGGGAACUGACUAACUCCGACUAUGGAUUUUACAUCACCUAUCGUGGUCGCAAUGUGAACUCCUAUGAUGCAGGUUGCAAUACUGAGAGAAAGAAGAUGUGUAGCGUUGGAUGUGGAGAUGGCAAGAUAGAGUUUGAGGAUGAACCUAUGAUGGAGGAGACUACGGAGGAGGUAACCUAUGUCACACAGACACAGAUCAUAGAGGCAGCACAACAGCAGCUGGCACGGGGUAAACAGAUCACUCGUACUUACGGAACCACGUCAGCAGCAGACAAAAGCGCACUGACCAAGGAACUGCUAGAAAAGGGAGUGGUGGAAAUUCCUCAGUCCUCUGUGAUUGUUCAAGAAGUAUCUUCUUCAGAGGGUCCAGUGGAUGUGCAAACAGAGAGAACUCAUCAGUCUUCAGGAUCACAGUAUCAGGAUGAUGCUGUGAGUAGUGAAAGUCGUUCAUCAAGGACUACGUAUUCUAGUGCCAGAUAUGGAACAGUGUCUAAUGACUCUCUUCCAAGUUCAGGGGACAGAAGUGAAACUGUUGUUUAUUCCAACAGAAAGUUCGGAUCAGGGGGUAGUUCAGACAUGUCUAGAUUUGAUGUUAGUGAUAUGUUAGGAGGACAAGAAAGCAGUGGUCAGUCUAGUGGUCAAUCAGGGACCGAGGCUGUGGUGGAAAAGAAAAUUACUAGUCAGGGAGGAAAUACAUACUCAAUUACCACAAUCACCACAAAAAAACAUGCAGACGGAGAUGAUGGGGAUGAACAUACUCUGCUGGAUGGUGGAGAGAGGCUGAGAGUAUUGACUGGAAGAGCUUCUGAUCAAUCUGACAACUCAUCUGCCUCCCAUGUGUACACAACUACCCGUUCCACUAUGUCUUAUGAUGGUGACUCCUCUGAUUCAGGAACCAGCAGCUUCAUCAGAGAGCAGACGACAAGUAAACACUUGGAUGGAGACACUGUUGGUAAUUCACAUAUGACAUCAUCAGAGAGUUCAUCCUCUGGGGUGGACACAAGUAACGAGGACCAGGAGGAAGUUCACGUCAUCACAGAGACCUACUCUCUGAGGGAUAUAGGUGGACAGAGUUACUAUGAGAAGUACAUCAAGUCCGCUGGCAUGGAAGAGGAGAUGGCAGUCAAGAGUAGGCAAAGCAUUACAGACCAAGAUUCUAUGGACAGCAGAAGCACUAGCUCUCUCAAAUCCUGCAUGAAGAAAAGCAAGCCUGAUAAUGGAGUCAAAAGGGGAAUAACUUUUGCUGAGACUGUAACAGGAGGUUACACUUCUAGCAGUAACGGGGAGGAGAGCUCGGACGAGAAUGCCUCCGACACUGAGUCCACCACAAGUUACGAAGAGGGCUCCUAUGACGGGAGGGAGGGCAGUAUUGUGUAUCAGUGUAAAGAUGAUGUGACCAUAGCAUCCGGGGCUCCUGGUGCCAUGAUGUUUGAUCAGAAUAUACGGGAAAUUUUUGAAUUAGAGCCAGAAAUGAGAGAGUCAUGUCAAAUUCUUGCCAAGUAUUUAGAGGAUUCCACUGAAGUCACUACAAAACAGCUGAAUGCUAGUAUUGAAGUCAUCAAAAAAGUGUGGUUCAAAGCAUCCAGUAACAAACUUUCUGAUCCAAACCAAGUAGAGGACUACUUGUCCAGCUUCAACGAAAUCUCCAAACCCUGCCUCAAGCACAUCGUCAAUCUACAGGAUGACAAUGGAAAUACAGCCAUUCACUAUGCUGUGUCCCAUUGUAACUUUGAUAUUGUAAACCUACUUCUGGAUACGGGUGCAAUUGAUCUGAACAAACAGAAUAAAGCUGGAUACACUGCCACCAUGCUGGCCACCUUGGCCUAUCCUCAGACCGACAGACAACAGGACGUCAUCCAGAGACUUUUCUCCAUGGGAGACGUCAACACCAAGGCAGCUAAGGAUGGGCAGACGGCACUCAUGUUAGCUGUUGGUCAGGGUAGAAAAGAAAUGGUUCAGAUGUUGUUGGAUGUUGGUGCUAACGUGAAUGCUCAAGACAAUGAAGGGUCCACGGCUGUAAUGUGUGCAUGUGAGCACGGACACACAGACAUCGUCAAAAUUCUGCUGGCUCACCCCGAUUGUGAUGCCUCGAUAGCUGAUAACGACAAUUGCACUCCUCUGAAAAUAGCCAUGGAUGCAGGCCAUAAGGACAUAGGGGUCCUGUUGUAUGCCCAUCUUAAUUUCAAACAAACUCAAAUCAAUCUUGGCCUUGUCAGAAAAAAGAGAGUAUCCAGUAGUUCUUCCCCCUUGCCAAGCCCUACAUUCAGAUAGCAGUUCUUCCAGAGACCAUAGUGUAACAUAAAGGACUAAACACAUCGUGCUACUCUCCUGGAUUCCAGGCAGGAAAGUCACGGUCACGCGCUGUACAUGCAACUCUGAUAUAAGAUCCCAUAUAGUAUGGUACAAAUAACAUGCUGGCUUAUGAAUGGCUUUGUAUUCUGCUCCCCUUCCCCAGUCUGUGGGGUCAUACUGGGUUGUCAUACUCCCGAAAAAUACUCAAAUCUGUUACCUGGGUGCAAAAUUGUACUAAUCUAUUUAUUUAUAUGUAUACAUGAUUUGUAAUUUUUUGUUUUCGUAACUGUAUGCAGUACAUGUAUAGAUGAAUAAAGCUGUUGAUAUAUUUUACAUAAUCUGUACAUAUUGUGUAAUCCACUGUGAAUUUUAAGUUAAAAGUGCUGCGUUUUAUAUGUGUAAAUAUUCCACUACUAUUGAUAUGUAUGGACCCCUUAAAAGUUACCAGUGAUUCUUCCUAGACUUAUAAUCUUGUAUCUUUAUCUAUUGUGUGGUGUAUUCUGUUAUAUUGGUUGUGAGUAUAUCUAAGUAGUUUUAAAGACCAGAAGCAACUGGUUUUCAAGUUUACCUUGACCAUACUUGGUUGUAUACUGUCAGGAUCGAAGAAACCAAAUUGGAAGGAAAUGCAGUUUAUUUCCAAGUAAAAUGUGCUUAAUACUGCAUGGGGAAAUUACUGAAACAUUCCAUGUCACUUUUUUUUGGUGAAAUUUACAAAAGAGUUGUGAAACUUGUAACAAGAGGCAUUCCAAAGUAAUGAAUCAGAAAAUUCACAUAAAACUGGCUAUUGCCAGUUGUUGCAUUUAUUUUACAGGUUGUGUAGUUUCUACAUUUCAGAUCAUUUUUAAACUUAAUUUUUAAAUGUUGUGCAUGACGUACCUCAGACUUUAUUCUUUACAAAAUGGUGGAACAUGGUAGAGAAGUGUCCAAAGAAAAAAAAAGAAUUUCAAUUAUAUAUGCAAAACCCUAUCAGGAUCUCUAGCUAUGCACUGUUACAAAUUACAUUUAUGUAUGAACUGUUUUAAAAAUGCAUAUCAUUAAUAGUCAAUAAAAUUGUAAAAAU